AUGUCUGGUUAUUUUUCGGGGUUUUCUCUAAACAAGAUCACCGAUUCAAUUGCUACCGCUGCCCACAAGACCCAAGACACUUUGAACAGUGCAUUAGCAAAUGCAAAUGUAAAUUUGAAUGACCCUCAAACAAGACUAUCAAUUAAAUCGCGCACUAGAUUUGUUCAAGAAUCAUUAGGUACUGUAUCCGAUAUAAGUAAGUUACCACCACAAUACAAAUUCCUGGAAAAGAAAAGCGACUCUUUAGAGAAGGUAUGUAAGAGAAUUUUGUUAGUGUCCAAAACGUUUGAAGUAGAGGGCUACGACUAUCCGCCAAAUUUAACGGAGAGUAUUUCGGACUGGUGGUCUCUCAAUAAAGACGGCUGGUUUGGUUCUAAGAAAUCCGAAAGUACCACUAAAAAGAAGGGGUCCAAUCAUGACGAUACCUUUUUGCCAAGGUCUUUUGCUCAAGCCAUCUCAAAAGCCGCCGUUGACUGCGAAUGUGAAUUUCAAAAUUUGGAACAGAACGAAAAGGCAGAAUUGAAGAAGAAAAAGGAGUCCAAUAAGACUACACAGACAACAGAAGCUCAGGAUGAGGACAAUGAUGAAGAGGAUGAGGAGGACGAUGAAGAUUUGUCUAGUUUGAUUAAAGUCUUUGAUUCGUGGUCGACAUGCUAUAAAAAUAUCGAUGAAGGGAAAGCAGAGAUGGAUUCUAUGAUGGUGAAGGAAUUCAACAAAAAAUUAGAAACAUUAAUAAACCAAGACUUCAAGAAGGUUCAUGAACUGCGCAGAAAAGUGGAAGAAUCAAGACUCAAGUUCGAUACCAUGCGUUAUGAAGUUAAAGCAAAAGAAGCAGAGUUAGAGGCUCAAAAAUCUGGAGCCGCAGAAGCAGCUCACAGCAAGGACGUUGGCGCAAAGGACGUUAGCGCAAACACCACCACAUCUUUUGAUGAAACUCCUUCUACCGGGGAUGAAAAACCGACAUCAAAGGACACCGAAGACGGACCAAAGGAAGAAGCAAAUGAGCAUACUGCCGAUGGUGCUACAGAUACAAAAGAAAAUUCAAAGAGCAACCAAAAUGAUGAGUCACUGAUUGAGGAAUCUGAAGAAAACAAAUUAUUGGAAAAAUUGGAAGAUGAAUUUGUCUCCAAUACUACAGUUGCAGUGGAAACAAUGGAAGAAAUCACUGACAGCUCUGAAAUUCUAGGCUUAAUAAAACUGUUCCAGAAUUUCCAGCUAGUUUACUUUAGACAAUGUGUCCAAGAAGUGGAAGCAAGCCUGAAAGUUUUAAGUGGCUUGGAAAAUUAG